GGCCUCGUUCUCAUAAUUUUCAAGAUGGCGUCCGGCAGAAGCAAGAAAUCGAAGCGAUCACAAAGCCCAGGUUCGGCCGUUCCACCCGCCCCGAGCAAAAGAAAGAGACCACUUACUGUAAGUAAAUUGAUGAAGCAAAGGUUUCUUUGGGGUUUAGUUUAACAGUCCUUUUGUUUUUAGCCCUGUGUUGCCGAUGAAGUGGAAUCAAAUUCGAGCAGUCGAAGCAGUCCUUCCUCGUACAGUGUUGUAAGCGAAGCAAGUGUUGUUCCUCCUGGUCAGUUCGUCUUUAAAGAUACUAAUUUCGAAGUAAGUUUUAUUUUUGAUUUUUUUAUGUUUUCACUUGCUGCUUGGUUUUAGAACUCAGCUGGUGUUAAUUUAUAUAAAAAUGUAAUAGACCCAUUCAUGAUCACGGUUGUAACGGCAUGAUGGGUAGUUAGGACAAGAUGGUGGGAAAAUCAAAAGUUUGUAUGGGAAUUAAAGUCAACUAAUUCUUGCUAAUUGAAUAUAUUUGUUCCUUUUCCUUUGAAAAAUGUAAAUAAUCAACUUAAAGAAACUACACACUAAAUUUGGAGUGCAUAGCAGUCCUUUGUUGCUUUUUUAGAAGACCUGAGUUCUUCCAUACGUUUCCUGUAAUCCAACAACACAAGAAUUGCACAAGUCACAACGAAUGGAAAAGUUAAAUUUUCUAAGAAGCAACAAAGGACUUCUGUGCUCCCCACAUUUAAUGGCUCAGUCAAUUCGAAGCAUGCCCCCGGCAUUUGUCAUUUUGUUUUGGAAAAGCUGCAAAUGCUCCACGGUGGGGCUUAAAGUAGGGUGCAAUAAUUGUACAAUAAUUGUACAAUAAUUGCCCCACCUGGGACAACACCAAAAUUGCAUUUUCCAGUAAAUAAGCUGCAAAUACCAUAUUUAUGAGAAAUCUCUAAUAAUCUGACCACACUCGUACUUGAAGUUCACUACACAAAUCGCUCCUAGCUGCUAGUUGUAAUAAUUAUAACUAGUGGCUAGUUAUAAUAAUUAUAACUAGCAGCUAGAAGCGAUUUGUGUAGUGUACUUAAUGAUAAUAAUUAUUAAUAAUCAUAAUGAUUUAUUAUUAGUGUAAUAAUUAUUAUUGCAAAUAAGUUAACAAUGAUCUGAUUUAAAAUCUCAAUGGCAGAACUAUAAAUUAGAAUUUUACUAAUACCUUUCUUAUUUUCAAAGAUGUUUAAUCUGGUGAAUAAACAAACAACCGAGUGCUUUACAUGGGUAUUUUCUCAUCAUGAUCGAACCGUUGAAUUGUCACAUUGAUUGUACAAUACACGAAGUUUGUAUUAGUGUAUCUCACAGAGUUUUUCUAGGCGUUUCUACCUCGACAAUUCACUUGCAAAGAAAGGGUAUUUUCCUUUAAACUCUUUAAAGGGACUGUGUCACCAUAGUGCGCAUGUGUGAGCUGUGACAGUAACUGAUUGUCUUUGAACCAAUCGGAAUCGAGUAAGAUGCAAGCGAGGAAAUUUACGUAAUUUAAGACUCAUUGUUCGCGAAGCGGGAGUCUUCGGGACGUUUAUGUUCUAUUUUAUAUAUCCCCAUAAUUCAUAUUUAUUCUCUGGUAUUCCUCAGAUAAAUGUUGCAGAUGAUAAGAAUAAGAUUAACAACCCUGUCCUGCUUUGAAACAAACAUUUACCUACGUGUAUUUUUACGUACCCACGCUAGAAAACCAGUCUCCAAUCCGCAAACAAAAAUAAUUUGUGAACAAACCUUACUGAUCUCUCUGUUUACCCUAUAUAAACUUAGAAAUACCUGCAAGUAGCUCCUGACCGGUGAUCAAAACACACAGUAUAGGAUGAGGCAAACGUUUUGCUUAAAAUGCCAGUUAAAUGUGUGCUAUAAUAAAAUAAGCCAUGCCAUGCGAUUGGCUAGCGGGAUGAGCACUCUGCAUGAACACUGUAGCUCAGUCGAUUGAUACCGGCUGAAAAUCUUAGCAGUGUUUGAAAGCAAUUCUUAGCGCUUUAUCAUAAAACGCCUUCAUUGCAAUAGCAGCCACAUAACGUAUAAGUAUAAAGAUUAUUCUAAAAGAAUAACGCAAUAAAAGGCAUAAACAGGAGCCCAUGCACUAUGGCAUAAAUUUCAACUGCUUAUCAGUAAAUAAAAAAAUACCUUCCGAGUUGUUGCAUUGGGUGUUCCGCAAAACAAACGUUAUCGAUUCAACACAUCAAGAAAUCAGAUGUUAAACAGAACAUUCAGAGAAGAAUUUAUUUUUAAAAGAUCAAUUCUUAAAGAUCUAGGCUCAUACAGAAAAGAUACAAGGAACAUUUCCAGUGAACUACAUCAGUAAAGAUCGCGCGGCCUGUUGUCAGUACUUUCCGCUAUACAACUACGGAUCAGAGUCAUAAAUCGAAUACCUGUUAAAACAUUUCAUGUUCGAUGGAUUGUUUCCUCAAACCUCACACGACUUCCUGUACAACAAAAGAUUGCUGGGUUUUCUCCUUCUGAUUCCAGGCACGCGAUAAAUUAAAUUGUUGCAGAC